AUGGCUGACUCCAACGAGAACGUCAACGAAGAUACGGCCAAUCCAACACCAAGUAAAGAGGUCGUUCCAAGUCAAAAUAACGAGGUCGUUCCAAGUCAAAGUAAAGAGGUCGUUCCAAGUCAAAGUAAAGAGGUCACUAAUACUCUCUCCAACACCGAUGCUGAGCUCUUGAAAAGCAAGGUAUGGCUAUGUGAAAAUAUGUUACCUAAAGUUUUUUUGAGUUAAAAUAAGUUUUUUAUAUGUUUGUUUUCUCAAUCAGGGUUUUGGCCACAUUUUCCGUCUAAAAUAAUAGCUUUUUGUUAUCUAUAAACAUAUUUUUUGUUAAUUUGUUACCUAAAAUAUAUAUUAUGCGCAAAGUUAUGUUUUAUCGACGGGCAAUAUUAUCUAAUAGCUAAAACAACAUCUUUUCAGUAUGCCUUAACUUCGAAGCUUGUCUAUGCUUUGGCAAUCAUUGGAUUCGGAAGUUCGUUCCAAUUCGGUUACAACAUUGGUGUUAUCAAUGCUCCGGACAAAUUUAUCAGGCAGUUUAUCGCCGAAAACCACAACUCGAUCUUCAACUCUGAACUCAGCGAUGAUUCCAUUACUUUGAUCUUCUCUUUGGCCGUGUCGCUCUUCCCUUGUGGGGCCAUGAUCGGAGCACUGGCUAGUGCUUUUCUGGCCGACCACUUUGGACGUCGCACAACUUUACAUGCCAAUAAUGGAUUGGCACUUCUGGGAUCUUUUCUUAUGACAUCAGCCAAGUUCUUCAACUUUUAUCCCUUGUUUCAUAUCGGAAGAUUUGUGAUUGGUUUGAAUGCAGGUGCGUUUUGUUACCUAAAUGUGAAGUUUGAGGUUUUUUUAUCUGAAGAUACAUACUUAAAAUCUAUCUUUGCAUAAUUUUUAAAAUUAUAUUGCUCGACAUUGUUUAAUAAUAUUGUUUUAGGUAUUUCAUCUUCAGUUGUUCCGAUGUACUUCACUGAAUUGAGCACCGUCAGACUUCGUGGAAGUGUAGCCAGUCUUCCGCAGCUGGUCGUCACUAUUUCAAUAUUGUUUUCAACUGUUCUGGGAUUACCGUUUUUGUUGGGAAAUGAGAACCGAUGGCCUUUUUUGUUUGGUAAUUUAAUAUUGACUAUUUUUUUAAUCAGCAACGUUUCAAAACCGAUUUUAAAAUAUUAACUGGAUUCAUGUUACUUACACUAUUGUUUUAGCUGUUAUGUCUGUGCCAGCUGUCUGCCAAAUCGUUGGUCUGUUUGGAGUGGCAGAAUCUCCCAGGUACACUUUGUUCUUCAAAGAAAACCCAGAAAAGGCUCUGAAUGAUCUGUCGAGUCUUCGCGGCGACGAAAAGUUUGCCCAAGUGGAGCUUCACAGUCUCGAGAUCGAGAAGCAGCGACAAGAAAACGCGGAGAAGGUGAAUGUCGCUUCUUUGCUUGGAAACGCCAGCUUCAGAUGGCCGUUGUUCUUGGCCGCUUUCUUGAUGAUGGCCCAACAAUUGAGUGGAAUCAACGCGGCUAUGUUCUUUUCGACCGAGAUUUUCCGUUCAGCUGGACUGAACGACGAGAAUUCUGUUUAUGCCACCAUUGGAGUGGGUGUUGUGAACGUGUUGAUGACCGUGGUGUCUGUCUACUUGGUCGACUUGCCUAUGUUUGGCAGACGAUCGUUGCUUUUGAUCGGCAUGAUUGGAAUGAUCUUUGCCAGUUUGGCUUUGGUGAUUUCGAUGUACUGCUUUGUAAGUCCAAAUAUGACGUUCAAGAACUAUAAAAGGGUGCUUUGUGACGUACAAUUAUGUCUUUUUUCACGUAUUUUAAUCUAAUCUAUGUUUUAGACUCAUGAUAUUGCUGCCAAUGUUACUCCCUACCUUGCGUGUGCUUUCUUGCUCAUCUUCGUCAUCUUCUUCGCUACUGGUCCUGGAUCUAUUCCAUUCUUCUACGUCAGCGAAGUGUUCCCGUCAAGCGCCAGAGCUUCUGCGUCAGCUGUUUGUGUAGCCACGAACUGGACAUUUACAGUAAUCGUUGGUGUUACUUUCUUGCCCAUUGAAGUAAGUUUGGUUUUUCGCUAUUCGAUUUUGAACUAAUUUUAAACGGGAUGCCUUUGAUAUUAAAUGACACAUUUUUUAGAAAAAUCUGAAAGAAUUUACGUUCCUGAUCUUCACGUUCUGCUGUUUGGUGGCAUCCAUUGUCAUCAUGAAGUUCUUGCCCGAGACCAAAGGAAAGACCGUCGAGGAAGUGGAGAUCGAGAUGCAGAAGAAGAAGCGUUUGUGUUAA